GAUCCACGUAAACAAACCUUCUUUCACGUUUGAAACGUUGGCUAUUUAUGAACAAAUUUCUCACAAUGUCUAAACGUAUUGGUGCAGUUCUGAUCGAUCUGAGUGGAACAAUCCAUGUGGAUGAUGCUGUUAUCCCAGGUUCCAUUGAAGCUCUGAAAAAGUUAAGAGCAACUAAUGUCAAAAUCAAGUUUGUUACAAAUACAACAAAAGAAUCUAAGAGAAAACUACAUGAGCGACUAAGUAGAAUAGGGUUUGACAUUCAUAAAGAUGAAAUAUUCACGUCACUGACUGCUGCCCGUCAGCUGAUAGACAAGAGAAAUUUGCGGCCAUACAUGCUGAUUGCAGACGCAGCCAAAGAGGAAUUUUGUGAUCUUCCGUCUGAAAAUCUCAAUGCAGUUCUGGUUGGUUUAGCUCCAGAGAAGUUUAAUUACGAACAUUUAACAACAGCAUUUCGAUACAUAUUGGAAGGAGCUCAACUAAUAGCUAUACACAAAGCCCGCUACUAUAAGCGAAGCGAUGGCCUGGCUUUGGGUCCUGGAGCCUUUGUAGCAGGAUUAGAGUAUUCAACAGUAAAAAUACAACUAGUUAGGACAACAAGUACCCAUAACAGAAAAUAUAGAAGGAUGCAAGGCAGAGGCCGUGGGAAAGCCAGAGGCAACAUUUUUCAAGAGUGCUCUCGAGGACUUAGGCUGCGAGCCGGCGGAAGCUGUGAUGAUUGGAGAUGAUGCUCGCGAUGAUGUGGGCGGAGCCAUGCAGACCGGCCUUCAUGGGAUCCUGGUCAAAACGGGGAAGUAUAGGGCUGGAGAUGAGGACCUCGUCGACCCCAAGCCUACCUUUGUGGCAGAGGAUUUUGCGCAGGCUGUCAAUUACAUAACGGAGACGUUCAUUGUAAAUCAAUAGCUCUAAUUUAAUGUUUUAUUUUUUCAAUAUUCCGUGAAAAGAAUAUAAGCAAUAACCUCAUUUGUUUGUUUCUUUGUUACUUUUUGUAUAAUACUGUAUAUUUUGAUGCUAGUAAAUAUUACCAGAGGCAGAAUAGGAAUUUCAAGAGAAAAUACAGUCAAAAGAAAAUUUCAGGUUAUUUAGGAAAUAAAGAAAAAGAUCAUGAUUGAAAUAUUGAUGUUGGAAUAUGAAAAUGUAUUUUAGUUAUAAUUUAUCUUCUUAAUGCAUAAUACCAUAUUGACAGUUUGUUUAUUAUUACUGUUAUAUUCAUAAUUAAGAUAGUAAUUUAUUAAUGUUUCUGUCAUUGAACUUCAUAUUGAUUUUACUAUGAUUGUAGAGUUUAGUCAUUUCUGCAAAAAAUAUUAUCUGAUGUAAAUAUAAAUAUGUAUCUUAAUAACUGCACAUAUAUAUUGAACAUU